UUUCCCAUUUUAGCCUGAUGGAGAGGGAGAGGGAGAGGGAGUGGGAGAGCGAGAGAGAGAUGACGAGCGACCGUUCCCGGCGUUUAGAUCUACGCCGAUUCGUCUCCCUGAUCUAAUGCCGUCCCUUUCUUUCAUUGCUGGGCAAUCAGAUCUGGAGGUGAUUAGAGUUGGUCCAGUACCCUAGGUCCUAUUCAAUGCCAGACGCUAGAUCCGUUACCGAUCUUGGGCCCGAUCACCGGAUCAUGGUGCAAUUUAACUCUCUCGAGUUAAGAUCUGACGCCGAUCUGGAAAAUCGUACCCUAUCGUGACCGGAUCUGGCAUGGUAAUUAUCUGAGGGCUUAGUCGGUGCUGGCUCCGUAGUGCCAGAUCUUGCAAUGUCCGAUGUAGAUCUGGUCCAGCGGUGCUAGAUCGGAGGCAGGAAAAGCAAGAAUGACCCCAAAACCAUCAGAGAUACUCAUCUUUCCUUCACCACUUCCAAGGGCAUAAUGGGAAAGUCAGAAAUGUGUAUAGCUGACCUGGCGGAUGAGUAGAUAAAGGUGCCAGGAAUAAACGUUGGCUUUUUCCGCCGGUAAAGGAAACGGAGAGUGGAAAUAGACAUUUUCUUGGAAAAAAUAAAAUAUUGACAAAUAUCCACAUUAAUUUCGCUUGUCGUUAGUCAAUUAGUUCUAUUAAUAUAGGCCGAACGCACAUACAUUUCUUCCUUUAAUGGCAGCUUCCAACCUCGCUAUCGUUCCUUGACGCCUUUACAAAAAUUACGCUAUCUUUUGUCCAAGGUUUUCAACUAACCAAGACCCAACUCCACAGCCACUUCACUAUCGUUCUCGUCGACUAAAAAUGAAGUUUCCUCCAUGUUUUCUCGCUACUGUUUCUCUUUUGCAGGUGAUUCUAUUGUCAGUACUGUGCGCAGAGAAGACUGAUUCUGGUGGCCUUUCAGCUUCUUAUCUUGCUGCAGGGGAAAGGCAUUCGAAAGAAUAUUGUGCAAUGUAUGAUAUAUGUGGACAACGCAGUGAUGGGAAAGUUCUGAAUUGUCCUUAUGGUACUCCAUCUGUGAAGCCUGAUGAGCUGUUUUCUGCCAAAAUUCAAAGCUUGUGUCCGUCAAUAAGUGGUAAUGUUUGUUGCACAGAGGAUCAAUUUGACACAUUGCGGGCACAGGUUCAACAGGCAAUUCCUUUCCUUGUUGGUUGUCCAGCAUGCUUAAGGAACUUCUUAAAUCUUUUCUGUGAGCUUUCAUGCUCUCCAAAUCAAAGUCUCUUCAUCAAUGUGACUUCUGUUUCAGAGGUUAACGGAAACUUGACAGUGGACGGCAUCGACUUUUACGUAUCUGAUGCUUUUGGAGAAGGGCUGUAUGACUCCUGUAAGGAGGUAAAGUUUGGGACCAUGAAUACACGGGCCAUUGAAUUCAUAGGUGCUGGGGCAACAAACUUUAAAGAGUGGUUUGCGUUUAUUGGUCAGAAAGCUCCUCCUGGAUUUCCUGGUUCACCUUAUGCUAUUGAUUUCAAGUCCAGUGUUCCUGACUUAUCGGGAAUGGAGCUUAUGAAUGUUUCUGCUUAUUCAUGUGGGGACACCUCACUGGGAUGCUCUUGUGGUGAUUGCCCUUCAUCACCUCAAUGCUCCAAUUCUGAACCUCCUUCACCACCGAAAAAAGAUCAAUGCUCAAUAAGUAUUGGGCCUGUUAAGGUAAAAUGUAUCGAAUUUGCAUUAGCUAUAGCAUAUAUUGUAUUGGUUUUUGGACUUCUUGGAUGGGCAUUGUUUCAUCGGCCAAGAGAAAGAAGAGAUGUAUCUGACAGGGAACCAUUGCUGAAGUCCAUGGAUGAAGGUGAAGUGAAUUCUGCUGACAUGCAGCAUGAUGAGAACCUUGCUCUGAAGGGACGUGAGGUGGCUCUGCAAUUGACAAAUGGGGCCCAACUUUCCGUUAUUCAAGGAUAUAUGUCGAGAUUUUACAGGAGUUAUGGAACAUGGGUUACUAGAAAUCCUACUCUUGUGCUGUGUUCAUCAUUGGCAGUUGUUAUUGUGCUUUGUUUUGGUCUCAUUCGUUUUGAAGUGGAGACUCGGCCAGAGAAGUUGUGGGUAGGCCAUGGGAGUAAGGCAGCAGAAGAGAAACAGUUUUUUGACAGUCACCUUGCGCCCUUCUACAGAAUUGAACAGCUUAUAUUAGCAACUUUACCUGAUAAAACGCAUCGGAAACUACCCAGUAUAGUUACAGAGGAUAACAUCCAAUUGCUCUUUGAAAUUCAAGAGAAGGUUGAUAGAAUUCGUGCAAAUUAUUCUGGUUCGACAGUGUCCCUGACUGAUAUUUGCUUGAAUCCUCUUGGCCAAGCUUGUGCUACUCAGAGUGUUCUACAGUAUUUCAAGAUGGACCGGGAAAACUAUGACUACUAUGGAGGAGUUACACAUGCUGAGUAUUGUUUUCAGCAUUACACUUCUUCUGACACUUGUUUGAGCGCAUUUGAGGCUCCACUUGAUCCUAGCACUGCAUUGGGAGGAUUUUCUGGGAACAAUUAUUCCGAGGCUUCUGCAUUCGUUGUGACCUACCCAGUUAAUAAUGCAAUUGAUGAAGCAGGCAAUGGGAAUGGGAAGGCUGUGGCUUGGGAAAAAGCUUUUAUUCAGUUAGUGAAGGAGGAAUUGCUACCAAUGGUUCAGUCCAGAAAUCUUACUCUUUCGUUUUCAUCUGAAAGCUCAAUUGAGGAAGAACUGAAAAGAGAGAGCACUGCUGAUAUUAUAACAAUUGUCGUAAGCUAUCUUGUAAUGUUUGCGUACAUAUCUGUUACAUUGGGAGAUGCACCUCAUCUCUCUACAUUCUAUAUAUCAUCCAAGGUUUUGCUUGGUCUUUCAGGAGUUCUUCUUGUCAUGCUUUCUGUUCUUGGAUCUGUUGGGGUUUUCAGCGCUUUUGGAGUUAAAUCUACAUUGAUCAUAAUGGAAGUGAUCCCUUUUCUGGUUUUGGCUGUUGGAGUGGAUAACAUGUGUAUACUAGUUCAUGCUGUAAAACGGCAACCAUUGGAGUUGCCUUUAGAGGAACGAAUCAGUAAUGCACUGGUUGAAGUUGGUCCAUCCAUAACGCUAGCUAGUUUGUCUGAGAUUCUUGCAUUUGCAGUUGGAGGUUUCAUUCCUAUGCCAGCAUGCCGUGUCUUUUCCCUGUUUGCAGCUUUGGCUGUUCUGCUGGACUUCCUUCUACAAGUUACAGCUUUUGUUUCACUGAUAGUUUUCGACUGUCUGAGAGCUGAGGAUAACAGGGUUGACUGUUUUCCAUGCAUAAAAGUUCCUUCAUCUGCUGCAGAGUCUGGUGAAGGCAUGAACUCUAGACAGCCUGGACUUUUGGCUAGAUAUAUGCAAGAAAUACAUGCACCCCUUCUUGGAUUUUGGGGAGUCAAACUGGUUGUAAUUGCUGUCUUUGUUGCUUUUGCUUUGGCAAGCAUUGCCCUUUCCACAAGGAUUGAGUCUGGUUUGGAGCAACAAAUUGUUCUUCCUCGGGACUCAUAUCUUCAGGGAUACUUUACCGAUAUCUCAAAAUUUCUCAGAAUUGGACCACCAUUAUAUUUUGUUGUUAAGGAUUACAACUACAGCUUGGAAUCAAGACAUACAAAUAAGUUAUGCUCCAUCAGCCAGUGUGAUUCUAACUCUCUUUUGAAUGAGAUAUCAAGGGCAUCAUUAGUUCCAGAAUCAAGCUACAUUGCUAAGCCAGCUGCCUCAUGGCUUGAUGAUUUUCUGGUAUGGUUAUCACCUGAGGCAUUUGGUUGCUGUCGGAAGUUUACAAAUGGCACUUACUGUCCACCAGAUGAUCAACCACCUUGCUGUUCACCUGAGGGAGGUUCUUGUGGGUUAGGUGGAGUCUGCAAAGACUGUACAACGUGCUUCCGCCACUCAGAUUUGAUCAAUGAUCGCCCGUCUACAGAGCAAUUCAGAGAGAAGCUUCCUUGGUUCCUUAAUGCUCUGCCAUCCGCUGAUUGUGCCAAAGGUGGUCAUGGGGCUUACACCAGCAGUGUGGAUUUGAAUGGUUAUGAGAGUGGUGUUAUACAAGCGUCAGAGUUUCGUACCUAUCACACACCACUUAACAGACAAGGUGACUAUGUUAAUGCAUUGCGAGCUGCACGGGAGUUCAGCUCAAGAAUAUCUGAUUCAUUGAAGAUAGAUAUCUUUCCUUAUUCAGUAUUCUAUAUUUUCUUUGAGCAAUAUCUUGAUAUUUGGCGGAUAGCUUUGAUGAAUAUAGCUAUAGCACUAGGUGCUAUUUUUAUUGUCUGUCUGGUUAUAACAUCCAGUUUGUGGAUUUCUGCCAUCAUUGUACUGGUACUGGUGAUGAUUGUUGUAGAUCUCAUGGGUUUAAUGGCAAUUCUGGAUAUUCAGCUAAAUGCAGUCUCAGUCGUGAACCUUGUGAUGUCAAUAGGGAUUGCUGUUGAAUUUUGUGUGCAUAUAGCAAAUGCUUUUUUGGUAAGCAAUGGGGAUAGGGAUCAAAGAAUGAAGGAGGCUCUUAGUACCAUUGGAGCAUCUGUAUUCAGUGGAAUCACCCUCACGAAGUUUGUAGGAGUAAUUGUGCUUUUCUUCUCAAGAUCAGAACUUUUUGUGGUUUAUUACUUCCAGAUGUACUUAGCAUUGGUUCUUGUUGGUUUCUUGCACGGGCUUGUGUUUUUACCAGUAGUGCUGAGUAUGUUCGGUCCGCCGGCCAGAAAUAUUUCUUAGAUACACCUGAGUUGACGGGGGUGUGAGCAGAGCAACCCUCCUUUCUGCAAUUCGGUUAAAGUCUUGCUACUAGUUUCCAUCUCCUAACAUUAACCGUGAGCACACACACAUAUGCACGCGCACACACACAUGCACGUCAAUUGCAUUGUAUAUUUAUGUGUUUCUUUAUAAUUAUCAAUCUGUAAUCUUACAAUAGAAAUGGAUACUUAUUUUCGAGGUGAGGAUCUUUUACAAAUACAGAUGUAAAGCUUUGCAAUUCUGAACCAUGGGGAAGGUGGUGGAUUCUUAAAAAAUAUGUGGAUAUAUUUUAAUCAUCGAA